CAGUGCAGUGGCUCGCCGUGGCUUCCAUCGAUCGAUGGUUGCAGCAGCAGCAUGAUUGUGUGAAAAGUGAUGUCGAUAACAUUAAUGCAAGAAUUCUGGGAAUCUUCCCCUCAUUGGCACCACGAAACUUCUCGAUGCGGAAGUGGGCGCAGAUAGUUUUUUUCCGUUCGUUCGGUCGUUCGUAUUGCGUUGUGAAACACAUCAUCGCCUGAAAAAAAACCCGAUCUGAUCGAGAAGUGUGUGAGAGAGCCCCCCCACGAGUGGGCCGUAUAAAAACUGCUCGUGUGUUGAAAACAAUUAAUUGAGCGUGAAAAAUCGAUCCGGAAAGGAAAAAAUCCUCCCCACCUUAAAGUGUGUGUUCGGUGUGUGUGUGUGUAGGAGCGUCGCCUGGUGUGGUAGUGAUUUAGUUUUAAGUUUCUGGAGGCAUAGGUUGUAAGCGACAACGUAAUACAAUAUUCAAAUUCAAAUCGAACCACACACUCAUACGCUCGCGCACCCCCCUUGUGUGUAUACACGUGCCAAGUGACAACAGCAGCAGUGCGUCAUCAUAGUGUUUGAAAACAAAGAGUGCAUUGGCAACAACAUCGUAGUAAACAGCGCUGAACCACAAGUGUGUGUUGAGCCCGUUUCAGUGCGUAAGCCCUUCUCUGCCCUGGCAGAUUAAGUGCUCAGUGUGUGUGCGUGUGUGUGCGUUUGAAAAAGCUUAAAUUAAAGCACGAUCGUUAAGCUACGGUAAAACAAACAUGUUGGGGCGGGUGCGACUCAAAGAGAACGGCAUCGUGGACGAGGAGCUGCCGACGCUGAUGGAGACGACGAUCCGCUACCUGGCGAAGAACCUCGACGUCAUUUGCAACACCGACCCGGUCACGCAUCAGCUGGAGCUGAAGGACGACGUCGUGGUGCCGAACGAAAUUUGCGACAGAUUUCUCCGCUACCAGCAGGACUGCGGGCAGGACAUCAACGAUCGCUUCAUCCAGAUAUUCCGCGACACGGAGAAGACCCCGCUGCGCCAUGUCAGCCUGCGGAACAGCACCAUCACGAACGAGGGCAUGCGCAUACUGUUGCGACACCCGCUCAAGUCACUCUCGAUGUGGUACUGCAACAAGAUCACGACCGCAUCCUGGAACAUCCUGAUCGAGCACUGCCGGCAGCUGCGUUCGCUCGAGCUGGGCCGGUUCGUGGAUAUGCUGAAGCACAGCGAACCGAACGAGAAGACACCGAUCGACUUUCAGCUGCUGUUGCCCCGGCUGCAGCGCCUGAAGUUGAACGGGGUCGUGCUGCAGCCUACGAUACAGUUCAGCCAUCUGACCGAGCUGACCCAUCUCGAUCUGACUGCGUGCAUCUUUGCGGAGUUCAGCCUGAAGGCGCUGGUGGAUCUGCCGAACCUGCGGACCCUCAUCCUGUUCAACGUGUGGCCGCUCGAGCACGAGUUCCCGACGCUGUGCAAGCUUAAAAAUCUCGAAACGCUCGACCUGUCCGUGUCGCGUGCGAAUGUCGACGGAAACUAUCUAACGCCUAACAAAUUGCUAGCAAACUUAGUUGAAAAUCUACCAAACCUGCGACAUUUGGACAUCUCCGGUACGAACCUGGCCGGUGAUGGAGUGGCCGAACGGGCUGGCUCCUGCACGGGGAACAGUUCGGACAUCCCGGGGCUGGUUAGUCGGGUGGAUCGACCGUUGGAUUUUCUCGGCAUCUACUACACUUCCCACUCGGCGUGCAAAUGGCACGACAUUCCGGCACUGAGGGUCGCUGGUGAGGCAACGGAACAACAGAUCCUGGUAGCUGCGGUGGCUUAUCAGGACCGGCACGAACUGCUGACGAAGGUACUGAACGACCUGUACCAUCUGUUGCGGUUCGAAACGUGCAAACAAAUCCACAAAGCGCUGGACGUCGUUCUGACGGCGAUGGAUAAGCACAUACGCGUGAAAAAUAUUCAGAUUAGUGGCAGCGCCACCUUGUUCUACAUCGUGAAAGGAAGGGAAAAGAUGAAGUUUGGCGUGCCGUUGAAGAAUCACAUCAUCCACACGCUGCUGAACGGUAUGUCCACCCACCUGACGGACGAUACGAUGAUGCGGAAUGGGUGUUUAACGUUGUGUCAGUUCAACAUACCGCUUGAUGUGAUGUUUGAGUACGAGCGGCUGGUACACAUUUUGCUGCAUGGCGUAUCGUACCGAGAGCAGGAAGGAUUCGUGCAGCGCAUCGCAAUCUAUCUGCUAAAUUCGCUAGCCUGCCAGGUGGACGGCAGCCAGAAGCUGUUUUUGGGCGAUCUCGGUGCUAUAUCGACGAUGCUGAACUUGAUCAACGAUCGAUUAUCGAGGCGUGUCUUUGACGACGUGAUGGAAGUGGCCUGGUCGACCAUGUGGAACGUAACCGACGAGACGGCAAAGAACUGCGAACGGUUUCUCGAUGGGCGCGGAAUGGAAUAUUUCCUCGGUUGUCUGAAGCUAUUCCCCGACCGGGACGAGCUGCUGCGCAACAUGAUGGGUUUGCUCGGUAAUGUGGCGGAAGUUAAGGAGCUGCGGCCACGCCUUAUGACGCCCGAGUUUAUAACCGAGUUUUCCGACUUGCUCGAUUCGUCCAGCGACGGCAUUGAGGUCAGCUACAAUGCGGCCGGUGUGUUAGCCCACAUCGCUUCGGACGGUGCGGACGCGUGGAAGAUUACGAGACCGACGCGGUACAGUGUUUUGGUCCGCAUGGUGGAAGCGAUCGAACGGUGGGAUCUGUCGGCGGAGCGUAACAUCAACUAUCGCAGCUUCGAGCCGAUCCUCGGGUUGAUUCGCUGCUAUCAUACGCCACAGUGUCAACAUUGGGCCAUCUGGGCACUAGCGAAUCUAACCAAAGUCUACCCGACCAAAUACUGCCGGGUGGUGGAGCAAGAGCACGGUAUAGAGCUGCUGCAGGAGCUGAUCGAUCAUCCCCAGCCGUAUCCGCGUCUCAAGGAGCUAGCCCAGAUCGUGUUGACGCACUGUCGCAAUCUUAGCGAACCGAUGAACGGGACGACGACCGGUGGCAACAACAGCAACAACAAUACGGACCCAAACGUAAUGGAGCUGGACGGCUAAAAGCCAUUCGCCCAUUUUAUUAGCAGUAUCGGCAAGCAUCAGCAUAGGACACAUAGUGUGUGUGUGUGUGUGUGUGUAGCGCAUCACAAGUGAUAUGUAGCGAGCGGAAGCGGAAACUGAAAAGGCUAAUAGCAACUGGCUUCUAUUGCCACGAUAAUGUGAAGAGUAAGCAAGGCACAAGAGGGGGCAAGCGGACGGGCGUCACCGCGAGCGUGCUGCUGCUGACCUGUUGUUUAGGCAAACAUUCUGCGAGCGCAAUAAAAAUGUCAGUUACCCAAUCGAAGCAAGCAAGUACGCGUCGAUGGUAAGUGGUGUGAGGGAGUGAUAUUGUUGUAGCAUGGAGUGAGGAUAAUGUAACGCACAGUGUUGUUAGCCACAUCUCUCCGUUGGGCGGCCAUUUUGUAGAUAGAGAACGUACCAUCAAAUGCCUACUUUUCAUCUUGCUGCCUACGUUCGAUUCUGCUUCUGUUGUUGGUUUUCGUUUAGACGCGCUAGGCUUCCCGCGCCGUUUGUGAGCCUCUUUUUUUUGGUUUCUUCUGUCUUCUCUGACAAGCUCAGGAAAUGUGUCUGUGGUUGUUAUGGGUGCGGCUGUCACUACGCGUGCCACUGUCUCCAGUGUCGUAUGCGUAGCUUGUGUGUAUAGGAUGCGGAAAGGAAGGAUUGAUACUGGUGGGAGGUGGAAAAGCACCGCAGGAUUAGGGUUAUGUGUUGAUAAGGCUUUUGUUUUUCGGUUUUGCGCGUGUAAAUAGUGUGAAGCAAUUAGUACUGCACCCGGUUAAGCCUGGAGAGUCCAUAGUGCUGCGUACAUGUGCGUUUGCGUGAGUGUGAGUGUGCGUAUGAGAGUGAAUAUUAAAUCAGUCGAAGCGGGCGAUGGAAAGGUGAUGAAAACAUGCAAGUGUGCUGCGUGUAAGUGAUAGCGAGCUAAUGGCAAGAGUGAAAGAGUGCAACAGAGCAAGGAAUAGAAGCAAAACACGUUCAGACGAAAAACAAAAACGCUUGUGUUAUCUGUUAUCUUGCAGAUUUGCUUGCGACAGGUAGCUAUUUGGCAAUGUUUUGUUUUCCUUCCGAGUUUGCUCUUUUGGUCAUCGUUCCCUGAACCGGUUUUACUGUCCCGCGUGAAGAUCUAACCGGAAGCGUCCAUUAACCCUUGCUUACGUAGGUGCGUGUGUGCGUAAGACGUUAUCAGUCCAACCCACUAGCCUCUGUACAAUGUUAACGAAGAAUGAUAUUACGUACUAAAUAACGAUGCUCCCACGUUCGGUGAUUCAUUUCACUCGUUAUGGUUGUGUGACGGUGACAAGUGUUUCGUUGUCGCAAUGUAUCAGGACAUCCAUCUCCUGGGGGGGGGAUUCCCACAUUCUGGGCUGGGAUGGGAUGUCGAACAGUUCAGGUUAAAUUUUGCAACCGGAGGGAAAAUUAAAUCGAAGCAUGCUCUGGUUGCUGGAGUAAUGCGCUCUAUAACUGCUUUCUCUUCUUUUUGGAUUGCUUGCUCAGUCCAGUUUGUGACUGACGGUCGCGAAACAAAAACACGCUCUGCUCUAAUAACAUACUAACAUCUCACUCGAAGUAUCCAAAGUACGCGUUAGCAAACGAUCGGUGGUCGUUUAGUUAGGUGGUUCGUAGUAGAAGUUCGUCACAUCGCGCACCGUAAUGUCGCGAGGGCCGCUAUGAACGUGAGGAAUGAGUUUACUAAGCCAAACGCCUGUUAAAAUCAGAAGAACGCAUAAGAAAAUAGGAACAACAAAUAACAGCAACAAUAAAAUAUGAAGAAUCAUU